AUGGCGCCAACAUUGGUGUUACUCGUGCUCUUGUGCCUCAGCAAUGCCCUACUAACCUGCAGCGGCGGCGGCGGCGGCGGUGGUGCCACUGGGAUCCGCAUGAAACUCACCCAUGUCGACGCCAAAGGGAACUACACCGCACCGGAGCGCGUGCGCCGUGCCAUCGCCCUCAGCCGGCAGAACCUGGCCACGUCCAUGCGUGCCGGCGCCGGCGUGAGUGCGCCAGUGCACUGGGCGACCCGGCAGUACGUCGCAGAGUACCUGGUCGGCGACCCACCGCAGCGCGCGGAGGCCCUCAUCGACACCGGCAGCGACCUCAUCUGGACGCAGUCCACGACGUGCCUCCGGAAGGUCAAUGCCCUACUAACCUGCAGCGGCGGCGGCGGCGGCGGUGGUGCCACUGGGAUCCGCAUGAAACUCACCCAUGUCGACGCCAAAGGGAACUACACCGCACCGGAGCGCGUGCGCCGUGCCAUCGCCCUCAGCCGGCAGAACCUGGCCACGUCCAUGCGUGCCGGCGCCGGCGUGAGUGCGCCAGUGCACUGGGCGACCCGGCAGUACGUCGCAGAGUACCUGGUCGGCGACCCACCGCAGCGCGCGGAGGCCCUCAUCGACACCGGCAGCGACCUCAUCUGGACGCAGUCCACGACGUGCCUCCGGAAGGUCACUGCCCUACUAACCUGCAGCGGCGGCGGCGGCGGCGGUGCCACUGGGAUCCGCAUGAAACUCACCCAUGUCGACGCCAAAGGGAACUACACCGCACCGGAGCGCGUGCGCCGUGCCAUCGCCCUCAGCCGGCAGAACCUGGCCACGUCCAUGCGUGCCGGCGCCGGCGUGAGUGCGCCAGUGCACUGGGCGACCCGGCAGUACGUCGCAGAGUACCUGGUCGGCGACCCACCGCAGCGCGCGGAGGCCCUCAUCGACACCGGCAGCGACCUCAUCUGGACGCAGUCCACGACGUGCCUCCGGAAGGUGUGCGCGCGGCAGGACCUGCCCUACUUCAACGCGUCGGCAUCCAGCAGCUUCGCGCCCGUGCCGUGCCGGGACAGGGCGUGCGCGGCCAACGACGUGCACCUCUGCGCGCUAGACGGCAGCUGCACGUUCCUGGUCACCUACGGCGCCGGCGGCAUCAUCGGCUCCCUCGGCACCGACGUCUUCACGUUCCAAUCCGGUGGGGCCACGCUCGCCUUCGGGUGCGUGAGCUUCACGGAGGUCACGCCGGGGGCGCUCCACGGCGCGUCGGGACUCAUCGGGCUCGGCCGCGGGCGCCUGUCGCUGGUCUCCCAGACGGACGCCAAGAGGUUCUCCUACUGCCUCACGCCCUACUUCCACAACAACGGCGGGUCGAGCCACCUGUUCGUCGGCGCCGCCGCGAGCCUGAGCGGCGGCGGGCCCGUGAUGUCCAUGCCGUUCGUGGAGAGCCCCAAGGACUACCCCUACAGCACGUUCUACUACCUCCCGCUGGUGGGGAUCACCGUGGGCGCGACCAAGCUGCCUAUCCCGAGCUCGGCGUUCGAUCUCCAGGAAGUUGAGGAGGGGUUCUGGGAGGGCGGCGUCAUCAUCGACUCCGGCAGCCCCUUCACGUCGCUCGUCAAAGACGCGUACGAGCCGCUGAUGGACGAGCUUGCCCGGCAGCUGAACGGAAGCCUCGUGCCGCCGCCGGGGGAGGACGACGGUGGCAUGGCGCUGUGCGUGGCACGCCGCGACCUGGACAGGGUGGUGCCGACGCUGGUGCUCCACUUCAGCGGCGGCGCGGACAUGGCCCUCCCUCCCGAGAACUACUGGGCCCCGCUGGAGAAGUCGACGGCCUGCAUGGCGAUCGCCAGAGGGUACCAGCAAAGCAUCAUCGGCAACUUUCAGCAGCAGAACAUGCACAUCCUUUUUGACGUCGGCGGCGGGCGGCUCUCCUUCCAGAACGCCGAUUGCAGCACUAUCUGA